GCGCGAUCCGAGCGCGCGCGUCCCCGUCUUCCCUCUCGCUAUCGCAUCGUACCCGAUUCCGUAAUUAACAUAAAUUGAAAUUAAUUAAUAGAGCAUUACUGGUGUGUUGUGUGCCCGAACUGGAUUUGAUCGUGCCCUGUGCUACCCUGUGGACUAUUAGAAUAUUUUGCCGGUUUUCAGUGACUGUAUGAUUAUUUAAUAACCGCUCGCCUCUUUAACGUGAAUGGACUUUUAUUGAAAAUUAACUUCAUUUCUUCGAUAUAAGGAUUUAUCUUCUUUACUUUGAGCUCAUGAUCUCAAGUAUCACCACGUUAUAACAUCAAGCUGCCCUGCCCACCAUUAGAUCUCCCGUGGCGUAUACAUGAGAUGUUAUGGGCUCCUGCGUAGCGAAGUGGCGCUGGUGGGUGGUGGUGGCGGCAUGGGCGUGGGGCGCGGCCGCUCGCACGCUCUGCCCCGCGCGCUGCGCCUGCGACGACGCACUGCGCGCCGCCUCCUGCGCCAACGCCAGCCUAGAGAUCGUGCCUAUUCAGCUCAACCCAGAAGCCACGCACAUCAACCUCACUCACAAUGCUAUCGACAACCUUCUCUACACCUUCGGCUUCUACACGCAACUCACUGUCCUCGACAUCUCCUACAACAGAAUUCGAGACUUAGGUAGUAGAAACUUUGAAAACAACAUUGAGAUGACUCAUCUCAAUUUAAGCCAUAAUCGCCUAAGACGAUUAGAUAAGGAAACAUUUAUUGGACUGAAAAGUCUUGUAGACUUAAAUCUAGCCAAUAAUGCAAUAACAAACAUUCACGUGCAGACAUUUAAAGACUUAUCAGCGCUUGAGAGGCUAGAUUUGUCUAGCAAUAAGUUAGUCAAGUUUGAGCCAGAAACCUUCAAGCCAUUGACUUCGCUGAAGAUAAUAACUUUGAAAAAUAAUUCUAUAUUGGACAUACCGUCUGAUAACAUUGCUUUCAUAAUGCAUCUAGAAGUUUUAGAUCUGUCAGACAACUUAAUCGAGCAGGUACCAAAGCACGGUAUACCAUACCUACAGGAAUUGCAGCAUUUAGACCUGAAUAAUAACUUAAUUGAAAGCGUGGAUCAAUUAGGAUUCCACAAUCUGCCGUCAUUGCGGCACCUGGAUUUAAGCGAUAACAAUAUGACAUCAAUCCCAACGUCGGCUCUGUCGAAACUAUCAAACUUGUCCCAUUUAUACCUAAGUGGAAACUUUUUUCAAAAUAUUACGGCGCUUUCAUUUCAAAGUCUCUUCCAUUUAAAACAUUUACACUUGAGCAGACUUUAUGAACUGGAAAGAAUUGACUCAAGAGCCUUUGUGGACAAUAUAAACCUGCAAAAAAUAUGGAUGAAUGAGAAUGUCAAAGUUGGCGAUGUUCCUCCAAGACUGUUCCAUGGAAAUCCAAAAUUGACACACAUUUAUAUGAGAAACAACGCAUUAGUGGCGCUUGAAGCAUCACACUUCCCUAUUGAUAGACUGCAGGAGCUACAAAUUGCUGGAAACCCAUUCGCUUGCAAUUGUUCUCUGUUAUGGCUGUGGAAACUUGGAAGGGAAAGCGAGAUUAGCAGCAGAAAAUCUGGGAACGCCAGUACCAUUCUUAAAAUAGACUAUGAGGAUGUGAAGUGUGCUGCUCCGGCACACUUGAAAGGUGUCCUCUUUGUGCAGAUUCCGGAGUCGGAAUUUGGGUGCUCAAGCGGAUGGGUGAUAGUUGCGGUUGUGGUGCUGACUGUGAGUAUUGUAAUAAGCGUGGUUGGUGGUGUUUUAUACUUCAUGGGACCCUUGAAGAAGUGUAAGGGAGAUAAGUCAAAACAAGUUAUGACGAGUGUCAUGAUGAACGGUGACGUGUCAAAGUUAGGGAAUGGAUUAGGGUAUUCUACUCGUGGUAGGGAGCAGGACACCAAGAGAGACGUAGACAGAUAUCUUAUGAUUGGUUCUUCAGUGAGUAAUAACUUUCAUUCGUUGAAUCCUCCCUGGCAUAGUGUGGACAAGAAUCCAUACUACCAGGAGGAUAGUGAAGAACACAUCUACCAGCAGUUCGCCUAUGAGACGAUCCCUCACCACAGGACGCCAGAGAAACCACACAUAGUGUACGUUUAACAUAAGUUGUGCGCAAAGGACAAUAUCGCGGGUAUAUUUUCUUUGCUAAGUUAUACGAACGAAGUUGUGUACUGUCGUCAGAAUGACGAGGAACAUUGAAUUUGCAAUAAUGUAUAUAGUGAUAUGAAUAAAAUGUAAUAUGUGAUAGCUUUGUAUAUAGACGUGUAAAUAUAUUAUUCAGUGCAGAUAAAGACAUUACUUUAUAGACAUUUUCUAUUUUGUACUUACUCAUUUAGUCAUGUUUAUACCUUGUAUUGAUUGUCACAUUCGCCUGUAUGUAGUGUGGACGUUCAGUUGGUUUAUUUACUAGUUCCUCGAUUAUAUGGGUACUCGAUUAUUGUUAUAAGUGCUUUGUAAAAUUCUCUAAGAUGUUCAAUACUAAAUGAAUAUUAUAUUCAUGUGUAAUAAUAUAGUAAACAUUAUAUAUUUUUCAGAAUUGAAAACACCAAUACUUGAUGAAAACUUUGUACAAAUACGAGCAAUAUAGAAUAAUUUGAAAUGUUAUGUCGUUAAUUUAAUUCGGUACAUUGUUAUAGCAUACUCAUUAGUUGUAUUUAGAGAUGAAACUUUUUGACAGUAAAUGCUAAGAACAUUAAUUACUUAUCUACAUAAAUAAAUAGAUUAUACAAUAAACCAGUUGCUCUGAUGGUAAGGGGUACAAAAUACAGUUUUAUUGGCUUUACAAAAUGAUUUCAAUGGAAAAUUAUUUUAAUAAUAUUCUGUUAAUAGAUGUUCUGAAAUUAAUAUUUUUAUACUUAGUGAAUACGUGAAUGUUGGGUCUAAAAGUUUUCGGCAAAUGUAUUCGGAUUGAAUGCAGCUUUUUCACAUACAAAUUAGAAAACGCUGAGAUAUCAUAUAAAAAUAUUGUUUAUAAACAAAUAUUUGCCUUUUCUUGACUAUGUUAAUUUUAUCAUGUGUGUAUGUUUAAAUUGUAAAAAUAUUAGUUUUAUUACUUUUAAAUUAUUUUGUAAUAUAAUUAAAAUCUUUGUUUGUAGGGAGAAUGCUCUGUAACAUAUUAAAAAUGAUUAUUUUAUAAUAUUUGUAUGCAAACAUUUAUGAGGCAGAAAAUACGUUAGCAAGCGGAAAUGCAGACAAAAAGUUGUUUUGUGUUGAAGAUGGAUCUAGAAAAAAUUGUAGAUGUUUGUUGUUGGUUGGUUACUGCAUUUUCUGCCUCAAAUUGUAGAAGGCUAUACUUGAAGUUUCAGUCUGUGUAUUUAUUUAAAAAACUGAUUUUCGAUUUUAAUAAUCGUCGUUGUCAUACUGAAAGAAAUAAACACACAAGCUGAAAUGACUCGUAUGUUAUACAGUUUAGAGUUCAGAUUACUUCACAAAGGAGAGAUGUGACUGUUA